GAGUUAAAACAAACAUGUCUACAAGACAACAGAGCUUUUUGACUAGACAGCGAGGAAAUAGUAAAGGAAUUUUCAGACGAACAAGUAGACCUACUUCUAAUAAGUCAGCACCUUCGUCAGACAAGUCUGUGAGUUUUAACUUUAACCAUGACUGGCAGUCGGGUAAAAGUCUUGCAGAAUGUAACAAGCAAAUGUUAAAAGCCAGUUUUCUCACUGACGUCAUUUCCACAUUGAAAACGGAAAAAAAAGAGAAAUCAUCAAGGCGCACAAAUUCGUCCCCGGCCAGCCGCAGUUCUGUGUUCUUCUCCAAACUGUGUGGAAGCCAUAAUAGUGAGAAUGUCUUUACUGUUGGAGAUAUAGAACCAAAAAUAUUCAACAAACUGUUAGGGUAUAUAUACACAGAUGAGGUGGACCUUACCACUAAAACGGUGUUACCACUGUUGUAUGCGGCGAAGAAGUACAAGCUUCAAGGUUUGGUGACGAAAUGUUGUGAGAAAUUAACUGCAGAUAUUGAUACAGAGAGUGUGUGCACGUUGCUGGAACAAGCGCACGAGUAUAAGGAAGUUGAACUGGAGAAACAUUGUCUUCAAUACAUAUUCAAGAAUGCGCACGCAGUUUUACAGACAGCCUCAUUCCAAAAUUUGUGCGGUGCCUGUUUAAAGAAGAUUAUACAUUCUGAUGAUCUCAAAGCGGACGAAAGCAAGAUUUACGAAGCAGUCUGUCACUGGUCGGCAAAGGAGUGCAAGAGACAGAAACUGUCACCAACUCCGGACAACAGAAGUCGAGUUCUCGGUAAACUCAUAUAUUUUGUGCGAUUUCCUUUGUUAGAUUUGGAAUAUUUCGCAGAAAAUGUGCCACCGCAGGGCCUUCUGACGAAGGACGAAAUCACACAAAUUCUCAGGUAUUUUCACAGUAGAACGUCACCAUCUGUCGGUCCAUUUAUUUCCAGGAGGCGCGCGCUUACACGUGUCGUCAGGUUUGAAACUACUUCCGGUGCUUGGAAUGUUGGGAAUUAUAUUUUCGAUUCGAUCAGGUUUCAAAGCUCAAGAGAUAUUACAUUACACGGAGUGGUUGUAUAUGGUUGUUUUACAGGAAUGUCAGAAUAUGAUGUAGCUGUAAGAAUACUGAAUAACAAACAAGAAAUUAUAGCACAAAACAACCUAAUUAUUGAGUCUAAUGCAGACAUAGAAAUGUGUGAUAUCUUAUUAAGCAAUGCUAUAAGACUGGACGCCAUGACAUGGUAUACAAUCAUGUUAAAUAUGGAAGGCCCGCAGACAAAGCGUGGUGUCUGUGGCAAAGAGAUGGUAUAUUACGAACAAGUUCAGUUUAUGUUUAAAAACAGUAGUUUUCCUCAAAACUGUACUUCUGAGAGGGAAGGACAGAUCCCAGGCAUUUUGUUUCAUUAACAAUUUUGUUUUUGUUUGGUUUACACGGAGUCAUUCAGUGGAUGCUUUUAAAUUGUCAUACUUCAUUAGGGCUUCGGCACAGUUCCUGAACGUCGACAUAGUCCCUGAACUUCGACAUAGUCCCUGAACGUCGACAUAGUCCCAGAACGUCGACAUAGUCCCUGAACUUCGACAUAGUCCCAGAACGUCGACAUAGUCCCUGAACUUCGACAUAGUCCCAGAACGUCGACAUAGUCCCAGAACGUCGACAUAGUCCCUGAACGUCGACAUAGUCCCAGAACGUCGACAUAGUCCCUGAACUUCGACAUAGUCCCAAAACGUCGACAUAGUCCCAGAACGUCGACAUAGUCCCUGAACGUCGACAUAGCCCCAGAACGUCGACAUAGUCACUGAACUUCGACAUAGUCCCAAAACGAACAACACAACAUUUGGCAUUCGCGAAAGUUAGUUACGUUCAGGAAGGUAUUCAACAACGUAGAAUUUUAUUUAUUACGGAAUGAUUUCAAAAGAUAUGUCAGCUACAGGAGUUGAGAAAAUUGGGCGUUGGCAGGAUGUAUGAUUAAUAUGAGGAAUAAAAUUUCUGAAACAGCCAUAACUUUUAAGUCUGAUUACCAUAAUGAUUUUACCAGAUUUAAUGUUUCAUCUUGCUGUACCUAAAAAUGAUUCAAAGUAUUGCAUGUUCACUUUUAACGGCGGCAGUCUAUACAUAUG